GGAUCACGUGUGUUGUGCUCAAAAGUUCGAUCGCCGUCACAUGUAAACGCGAUGGAUGUUCUUCCUAGCGGUAACCUCUUCCGCGAGCUGCAAGAUGUCACAGACACCGGUUAUUUUGAAUGGAAGUUAUCACUUGAAGAUUACUGGCAACAGACAUGCUACGAAAUGGAGAGGUACCUUCAAGAGGAGCCGCGGUGGAGAUGUACAGAUUUAGAACAAGAAUGGCUUUCAGCGGUGCCUUCAACACCACCUAAAGCACUUUUACCAGCGUUACCUGCGUUACCAGCAUUACCACCAAUACCAGCAUUACCAGCAUUACCAGCAUUACCACCAAUACCACCGGUACCAUCAGUACCAUCAUUACCACCAUUGCCCCCAUUACCGCCUGCACCACCAGUACCAUCACUACCAUCUCUACCAGCUUUGCCCCCGAUUGUCCCACUAGUGAAGAUCGAAUCCAUCAGCGACUGUGAAGAGCCAAAAGAAAAUCCGACUAUUCUUCCGGUGGCUAUAAGACGUCAUGUACCGCGACUUCACCCUCACGCGCUUGCUGCGGACCCCAGGCGUCGCGUGCACCGAUGCGAAUUCCCCGCAUGCGAUAAGGUCUACACGAAGAGCUCGCAUCUCAAAGCACACAAACGCACCCAUACAGGUGAAAAACCCUACAAGUGUUCUUGGGAAGGCUGCGAGUGGCGAUUUGCACGAUCAGAUGAAUUGACUAGACACUACCGCAAACAUACGGGAGCGAAACCUUUCCGCUGCCGCCACUGCGAGCGCUGCUUCUCUCGCUCCGAUCAUCUGGCAUUACAUGCGAAGCGUCACGCAUAGCCUGAGAACCCACCACCCACUCCCAAGAUAAAUCAGAGCCAACGCUCUGAAAUUCUAUUACCAGUUGCCAAUGUACACUAAAUUGAAGCAGCCGUUUUAAAACCAGCGCGCGCCUCUUCUUUAAUGUCUGAUUAUUUUUGUAGUUAUUGUGCAUCGUGGUAUUAUGAGUUGAAAGUUGUGAUUAUGCAUUAGCGUUAUUAGCUUAGUACAGUUUUGUUUGUUGGGAGGCUCGCGCUGUUGGGGGUGGGGGUUAGCGAAGCGUUGCAAGCCAAAGAAAUAUCGCUACGUUCGUAGCCGAGUCAACACUCAUUGCACCUAAUGCUUUAAACUUAUUUUUAUUUGAUUACAUUAAUCGACCAUAAACUUUAAAAUCUCUUUAUAUUUCGGCCUCUACCGCUGUGUUUCUUUGUUGCAAUAAGACAGCGAUUUAUAUUUGCCGUUGUUUAUUGUGUAAAAGAUUUUUUCUAAGCUUUGUGUACAGAGAGGUUUGUUUUAUGUCGGCCGGUCGCAAAGCGUCCGUCGUCGUCAGUUGUGCCAUCGUUCGCGUAGCAGAGGACGCGCGGCGUGCGUGCGCACGCGACGCUUCCGCGCGUCUUUUGUCAACCUGCAUUUUGAAAUAUGUGACAUAUUAUUUAUUGAUCGCGGGAUGUUCGGCAAAUAUUCCCACCGACGCCCAGCACAACCUUUUGUUAGUCGUAUGCUUAUAAGUAGGAUGUGCGUCGCGCGUUACCUGAUGUUAAGUUAGUUUCUUGAAACAGUUGCUGUGAACAUUUUUUUUUUUUCAACUUACAAAUAUGUCUUUUUGAAACAUUAUCUAUUGUUAAAACCAACUAGGUACACUAUGUGCUGUUUUAAGUAUGUAUUCCUAAACUUUAUUAUUUCACGAGCGAUUGUUUUAAGAAGUUGACUUGUGUUUAUUUUAUAUAAUGUUUAUUUUUAAGAUACGCAUAUACUGCGAUAUAUUUACUUUUAAGCUUUCUCUUUAACUCUCUCAUUCCGUUUGUGUAAGAUGUACGGUGCUUACGGUGUUAUGGGUGCCGUAGGAAUAAUGUUAGUUCUCUGUGUUGUUGGUCGUAGUAAUCCAAUGCAACGCCUUUACACACCUACCUUUAGGAUAUUUACUUUUUCUUAGAUAAAUUAUUAAAUAAUUUAAGCGAUUCUUGUCAUCGAUGUGCUAAGUGUGUAGAGGUGUUAGAAUAUUAAGCAAGUUGAUUCUAAAACACAGUCGCUGUUUUUGUUUGGUUCUAUUGCGGUAUAAGACUCCUCGCUCACACCUGCGGUCGAAGCAGGAUCUAUUGCGGGUCUACCCCCAGAAGUAGAACUUACCGUUUUAGUCAUUGUAAGGAAAAUAAAGAGUAGUAUAAACUUUUAUGGUGGCAAAGCGUUCGUUCCGUUUUGUCGUAUCAGUAUUUUAAACUUUACUAUUGACAUGGGUUUAUGGCAUAUGUUUCUGUUUAGUUAACUAGUUAGGUCCAUAUUCUUGUUGAAGGACCGCAUGUUAUUUUGUGGUUAAAUCGUUACUUCAUCGCAUGCAGAAUUCUGUCAUCUCGUUUUUCUGCGCUAUUUGUUAACUAUAGAACAUCAGUGGUACCCACUAGCAGCAUUGUGUAUGCCCAUAAGAUGGAUUGCAGUUUACAUAACACCUAUCAUCAGUUAUUUUGUCUUUAAGUGUAAU